GCGGGCAUAGUGCGCCGAGUACAGUGCGCGGCCCUGCACGAUUACAUAAGCGGAGAAGGGGCCCAGCUCGCAUUGUCCCUGUCACCGUCACCAGCAGCAGCAGCAAGCCACCACCAGCAGCAAGCCACCAGCAACAAGCCACCAGCAACAAGCCACCAGCAACAAGCCACCAGCAGCAAGCCACUCAACCACCGUAACUCACCAACGCCGCGGUCACUGUCACCACCAUCACUCGCCCACCACCACCACCACCACCGCCGCCGUAGCCUCUCAAUCCUCUCGGUUACUUGACCCUGCCCCGCUGUCUCUCAACCACCACGGGACGUCGCCCGUCAGCCGGGAUCGUUCGUCCUGCCGAGUUGACGGUAGCGGCAGCGAUUCGCAGCGGGGGUCGGUGUUGGUGGCGAGAGAGGGCUUGUGGUGGUGGUGGUGGUGGUGGUCUCGCUUUGGGGUGGUGGUGGUGGUGGUGUGGGUGGUGUCGCUUUGGCGUGGCCCUUCGGUGGAGGCUCCUGGUGGAAGAAGAGGACAACUCGAGCGAGCGGGUGGUGCGUGGAGGAUUGUACACCGUGCCACGACGUGGAGUUGUUGUUGUUGUGGGUGGUGGUGGUGGUGAGAGAGAAGACGACACGAGAGAGGCUCUCACCCACCCCGCCAGGUGGGCCAGCUUUAGGCUGCUGAGCCCGCAAUGAUGGCCACUCAGAACAUGACGGUGAGCACUUCCAACGCUCUGGAAGACGACGAGGAGGGCGGCGUGCUCAAGGUGUGCGGCGUGUGUGGAGACAAGGCCACGGGGUACCACUUCAAUGCCAUGACCUGUGAAGGAUGCAAGGGCUUCUUCAGGAGGAGCAUGAAGAGGAGUGCUUCCUUCACUUGUCCAUUUGAAGGGAAGUGCAACAUCACCAAGGACAACCGCCGGCACUGCCAAGCAUGCCGCCUAAAGCGCUGCCGAGAUAUUGGCAUGAUGAAAGAGUUGAUCAUGACAGAGGAGGAAGUGCAGAGGAAAAAAGAGAUAAUAAUGAAGAGGAAGCUUGAAGACACUGCGCGUGAAGUCCAUACGCCCCAGCUGUUGGAGGAGCAGGAGCAGCUGAUAGCAACGCUCAUCGAAGCUCACAGGAAGACCUACGAUGCUUCUUAUUCCGAUUUCUCACAAUUCCGGCCACCCAAGAGAGGUGAUGGCAGCCCUGAUUGUAGAAAUGCUACCAACCCCUUCCUGAUGUCCCUGCUCAACUCAGAUAUGGACGAGCUUCCCAAAGCUUCUGCAAGUGGUGAAGAGGCCGCAGCGGGUGACGAGCUCUCCAUGCUGCCCCAUCUGGCCGAUCUUGUCAGUUACAGCAUUCAGAAAGUCAUCGGCUUUGCCAAGAUGAUCCCUGGUUUCAAAGAGCUGUGCACGGAGGAUCAGAUUUCCCUGCUCAAGGCCAGUGCCAUUGAAAUCAUCAUCCUCCGCUCCAACGAGUCCUUCACGAUGGAGGACAAUUCUUGGACCUGUGGCAGCAACGAGUUCAAAUAUCAGAUCGGCGACGUUAUGCAGGCUGGACACAAGUUGGAGCUUCUGGAGCCCCUUGUCAAGUUCCAGGUCAACAUGAAGAAACUUGACCUCCAUGAGGCUGAGCACGUGCUGCUCAUGGCUAUCUGCCUCUUCUCUCCCGACCGGCCUGGUGUACAAGACCGUUGCAGGGUGGAGGAGGUGCAGGAGCACCUGACGGAGACGCUGCGCGCCUACAUCGCUUGUCGCCACCCGCUCUCCUGCAAGCACAUGCUCUACGCCAAGAUGGUGGAGAAGCUGACCGAGCUGAGGAGCCUCAACGAGGAGCACUCUAAGCAGUACCUGCAGAUCUCGCAGGACGCCGUCAACAAGGAAGACCUGCCGCCACUCCUGCUGGAGGUCUUUGGCAACCCGACCGCAUGAAGACAGGGAGGACCUGACGCAACUUUGGACGGACGAGUGGAGAGAUUGCUGCCCUCUUGUGAGAAUUUGCACUGGCGAACAGGUCAUCACUACUGAAGAGUCAUUAUUUUUCUACGUGCAUGCCUCCAUUACUUAUCUUAAAAGGCUGUGUUAAUAUAUAUAUUAUAGCUGGGAGGAAUAAUGGAAAUAUCAAUGACAUAUUUUUAUUAAACUAAACUCUCUAGAUAUUUUUUUAAAAUAUGCAUUUGGCCUACGGCGACCUGCAGAGGGUGACAUACACUCGAAGCGGGUGCUUAAGGUCUGCAUAGGCUCAUUCAAAUCCUCACAACUUAGAUUUAAGUUAUUGUUUUAUAGGCCAACAAUCAUGGAAUUAAUUGUAUUCUAUAAUAAACAUAGAAUAUGCCACGCAGGAGGCUAUAUGUAAUGUUUUAGGGGAUAGCCUUACAUCUCAAAGUAGCUGAUAUUGUUUAUUUUUCUGGAAGAGGCCCCAAUAGAAUGCUUGUGUUAAUUGUAUUUUGUUUAAGCUCGGCACUAAUAUAUACGUACUGUGACCUCAAUCCAGCCGACUGAAGAUUGGCAAUCACAUAUAGCCUCCUCUAAGAAAUGUACUGCAUGUGUAUAUACACCAUAUAAAUGAUAAACUUAGAUUUAACGCAAAAUACUAAUAUGCAGCGUUACGUACAUUUUAUGGAACGUGACUAAAUGUAUAAAAAUGUAUAAAGAUCAUGCCACGGUAUACAGGGAUGUAAACUAAUAAUUGAAGCGAAAUAUUUGACCCGUCAAACCAAUCGUUGUCAAGUUUAACUCCAGUGUGCCUCAGUUCACCGUGCAGUCCUGGCUUCAAUUGACGAUGCCGGCCAGCGUUCGCCCUGUCCCAGCCGAGGUCUGUGCGUGACUGCUGUGGAGCCAUCUAGUCAGGAGAGGGCGUUGCAGCAACAUCCACCUGCAUUGUUACGCUGCUCCAGCGUGUUUAGGCUCCCCACCAACUUCACCCAAUGGGCGCGUGACCCAGCGUGAUGAUCAAAUAGCCCCCCCCCCCCCCCCACGAGCCGCGAGGAAUGGGAAGGCACUCUUCCAGCAUUGGAUUGACAAAAGGGCACUGCGGAUGCACGUACAUAGUUGAAAAAUUGGAAUAGGUUGUACCCUUUCUGGCAAUAAAACAGAUGUUAGGAUGUAUGGAUAUAUGCAUUAAAUCUUGGCUUAAAACUUUCGUAACUGCAGGAAUUCAUAUUAUUUGGGUAUUUCGGUAAAGUCAUGUAGAUCGGUUCAAAGAAAAUAACAAAACAAUAAAACUACAGCGUUUCCUGAAGACGACCGCUUGUGUUGCAAUCGGAACGUCGUAGUUUUUGUUUUUUGUUAUUUUCUUUGAACCUAUCUACGUGACUUUACCGAAUGACCCAAAGAAUAAUAUAUGCGCUGUCUUCGAAACUGAUUGGCCUACACCUAGAGACAGCCUUUCUUGUUAUCAGAGCAUGUUUGUUUGGAUGUUCACCACAGGUACGUGUGGUUAAUGCAGACUUGAUUCUAUAUGAUGUUUGAAUAUCUUAAUACUUGUUUUAUUGCCAGAAUGAGUAAAACCUAUCUUAUUUUUCAUAUUUUGAUACUGGAAAAAAGAUCCGAUGAUACUUAUAUAGUUAUUAAAUGUGGCAAUAUUUUAUGGGGAUAUAUACACAAUCUGCUUCAGAAUAGUGGUUUGAUUCCAAAAAUUCUCAACAAUGUUCCGUUUUUCUUCAGAUGACAUGUUAAUGAUUGCACAGGUGAUUUUCUAGCCAGAGACUCCAAUCAUUUGCAUCAUUCCUUUACCUGGAUUAUAUGGGCACGCUGCACUGGUGGCAUGCACGUAGUACGUGUGCUACUUUGAAUGUUAGAAGACCUCCAUGCAGUCAUACGCUUCAUGCACUACACUCCACUUAUCGCUGGCAAAGAUGGGUUAGCCUGUUUUGUAAAUAUGUGCGUGGCUGAGCAAAUGUACUUUCAGGCUUUUGUGGUCCCUCGAAGAAUCUGCAGAAGAAAAUGCAACUUGUGACUGCGCAGUAAGUAAUAAUGUCCUUUUUAACCCAGUGGUACUGGGUGCUUUAUACGUAGCCGUGCCUAAUCCUAGAGGAGGGACACCAUGGUAGGGGUGAGUAAGCUUUCCUCUGUCUCUUCUGCAGUGGUAACAAGAUUUUCGGGCAUUGUCUGGGUAAUGGUGGUACUCUGGUGUAUCGCUUAACGUUUGUGGAAGUCUUCAAUGUUUGCUGGUACUGAACAAAAUGUGGAAUGCAUGCAAAGUGGUUUUGAAAAGCACAACGUGUUCAUUUAACAACAACAAUGCCACGUGACCUGUGCAGGGGCAGGUCUGUAAUGUGGACGUCUGGUUCUGCCACAGAAUGUUUCAUGCAACUUUGCUUGGAAAUGACCUAAAUGCCAUAAAAGUGCUGCUGAAUUUGGCAUUGCUAAGAUCAAAUCACAAGGCAAGAAGAGUUGUAAAUUUGAAACUAUUGUGAAUCACCAAGGAGGAGGAGGCAACACAAUUGUAGAGUUGCAAUUUCCAUGUUGGUUAGCACAGGCAUUGCUUGAUAUAUCUGGUGCGCAAUUCAAACUUAUGUUUUAAUUCGCAGAAUGAUUUAUAAAGUGGUAAGAGGAGGAUAUUAUCCAGCGUUUAACUACAUUGCUGUGUAAGAAAACGAAAAUGUUCUCAAAUAAAAUCCCGAUAGCGUGAUUUCUUCAUUGAGCAGUUGUAGUUUACUCCUCCCCCUGUGGUAUACUAUGGUCCUGAGCAUUUCAAAGUGGCAGUGUGGUGCAAUAGGAGAUCAGCUUAGGUUUGUUCCUUUCCCAAGGCCAGUAAAUGUACAAAUAUGAGGAUUUGAUUAGUCUCAUUCGCACUAUUUUAACGAUUGCAAAUAAUUGCAUUGAUGCUGAUAUAUGUAGUUGUAUUUUGUCGGGGUUUCUUUAUGGAAUGGAAACAUGUAUUGUUGAUUGUGAUUGGAAACAAAAGAAUGCUAUCGCAGAGACAUAGCAUGUGACGGGCAACUGCAUGGCGCGUGUACAUGUGCUAUCGGGGCAUGGAGGCAGAACUAGGUAUUUCUGUUAGUGUUGCUAGGAUGGACAGUUUUAAAUCCUGACUUUAUUUGCUGAGCUUGUGCUUCAGCCAAUAGGCAACUGGAGCCAGUAACAUAAAUAAGACUGUGUCUUAAUGCUAAACGGCCAAACCAGAACACAUUGUCAGUGUUGUGUCGGUGGUGAAAGAGAUGACAGUUGUGGUUCGCCAGUGUCCUUGGUUGGGCAACCGCGUAGCAUCUGCUCAGACAGUGACGGGAGUAUUUAAGUCUUUUGUUUUCAAUUUAGGGAAAAAAAAACAGCCUAUGGGAUGUAUGCCAGAGUUAAUGCAUGCAAAAAGAAAGGCAUUCAGGGGAACGGCAAAUACAUGCUGUGCUGGAAAUGUUGACUUAAAAUGAUGAUAAUGAGUACAUUUUUUCAGAGCACAAAUGUGCCCUUCCUGUUUACAUGCAACCCCCAACCUGCUGUAGAACUGGUGAAUUAGCUGUCGAUGUGUACCAUAGGUGAAAUGGUUUUGCGAAUUGCCGAACAUAUUUUACACAGUUGUCCAGUGUGCCCACGAUUAUAAUUUUUUUUUUAAACAUUUGAGUGAUGUGCGAUUAUCAUGUUGGAUCGCUGUCGAAAUUGUUGUGAUGCCUCUUUUACACUGCGGUCAUCAUGUCACCUUUGCACAGACCCUGCAUCUCUUAGUACGUGUUUUAUGGUUCACUUGUACGCCAUGGACCGGCGACGUGGAUUGUUACUUACGGAUUGAUCACGGUGAAGUAAUUCUUAAUGUGUUUGCGUGUUACGAUGCAUUGAAAAUUAUGUGCAUCGUUAACUAUGCAAACGUACUGCUUUCACUGUUGUAUCCUCUUGCAUCAAGAGUAACCCUGCCAGCAAGCAUUAGUCUCCUUCCGAUGCACCAAGUAUGUGUCCGAGACCCCAAUCAUUGCCAUUCGAGGCAUCUGCUCUUAUAUUAACGGAAACACUUAUAACUGCAUUCGUUUUGACAAUUUCUUGUUAACAUGCAUAUUGCAUGCUGCAUUUGUUUUGUUUGAAGAAUGUGUGGUCUAUUUUCGGUUUACCUUGCACAACUCUUUUCUCAACUUUACGAAUAUGCAUAUGCUAAACCCAGAAAGGGCUGCUUUGAUACCUUAAGGAAAGUUUGGUCUGGUGAUUAAUGUGAUUGUAAUGGAGGUCAGUAGCUGCUGGUAUUUGUACUUUUAACACGUUUCAAAAAACUGUGCCUCUCGUUUGCAGAAACACAUUUGCUGUGUUUCAGAAGGCAGUUUAGAGAGAAUUGUAUUUAAAUCCACAACAUUACGUGUGUAGUUUCUGCCAAUAUGAGCUCUCUGGUGUGGUCACUCAACUCUGCUGCUAAGUGCAUCAUACCCAACAGACGACAUUCUCGAGUGCUUUGUGAGCUCGUCUGUCAGAACAGCACCAUUCUGCUCUGUAAUAAUUGUCCAGCCUUUCCAAUAGAUUGCCAAAUUAGUCGCUUUAAUUGUCCUCUUUGAAACAGGCACUUUUAUCCGGAAAGUUACAAACCCGUUUGUUACACUUGGUAGUUAAUGCGUGGUGCUAUCACGUGUGGUUUAUGAAUUGAACAUGUAUGUGUGUCUGCAAUAUGUAACACAUUCACGACAAAUGUGCUCUCGCAUACGGACACCUUGGAGGGACAUCAUGGUCUACCUCUCUUUGAAUCAGGUCCGCGAUGAAAUAGGGGCACCAGUAAAAUAUUUCGUCUGGAUAUAUUUGUUAUUCAACAGGCACUUGUUGUUGUUGUGUAUCGUGUUAUGUCUGUUCUAUGUUGGUCACAGGAGAAGUUCUGCAAAUACCAUAUACGUCUAUAUAUAAUGAAUGAUCAUUGUUCGCACUUUGUUAUUUAAAGAUAAAAUCAGCCGAAGACCAUAAUUGUCUUCUGUACAGGAUUGUAAUUCUCAACAUCAUGGUAGACACAUGUCAUAUUAACAUAGUGAAACGUUUUUUUUUGCAAUAUGUAUUCACAUCACAAUGAAAAUGCAUAUAGUUUCAUAAUUGCUUCUGUAUUUAGAUGCUUUUGCUUAUGAUAUUGUGAGCCUGAGUACUCGUUUAUUUGCUCAACCCUACUCUAAGUUAUUUGCAAAUGUACAUCAGAGAUUUGGUCAUUUCAUCAGUGGUACCAUUCCACUUGAUAGCAAUCUUACCUCAAAUUUGAAGUUAAACACAAAUCUCAAGGACUGAUUCUUCACGGGUGUUACAAGGUACAGAACAUUACUCAUAUCUGCCACUAUCCACCCCUCUGCCGCUUUCACCUGUACAAUAUUUGCAAAGUCCGCCCCCCUCAUCUCAACUACGCUGCAAAAUCUUCCAAUUCACUCCCUCAUCUUCGACCCAAUUAUUUAAACUCCCUUAUGCUUGGUGGGUCCUUUACCUCCUAUGCAUUCAAACCACUCCCAGACAAGUUCAAAAUGCCUCUGGGUCAUCUUCAACCUCCUCGACCACUCCCAGACAUCGCCCUCUCCUCCAUCCAGCUACACUGGAUUUUAUCCCUCUAUUUUAAGAUCGAUAUGUGUUGAACUGUAAAUGUUGUGGAUUCACUCUUCAACACACCGGCGGGCUAAAGUCGUGAACUAUUUGUCUUUUGUCAACGUGACACUUUUUUGCUGAUUGGCCGUGUCGGGUGGUGGAGGGUUACGACACAUUUAUAAAUAACGCGAUCUAACCGAAAAACGUUUAUUAUGAAUUGGCACAUUUUGUUUACGUGAGAAACCUUACUAAUUGGCUGUGUCGGGUGGUGGCGGGUUUAACGACUCAUUUAUAUUUUCGCAAUCUAACCCCAAAACAAAAACCUUUUAUGGAUAAUAUCGGUCACGAAAGCCUGAUGUGUGUUUAACAACACUGGCUUCCCCGGCUACUGCCGUUGCCUUUUCAAAUUCCUCAAACUCGUUUACAAUUCUCUCCGUGGUCUCGCCGCAACGUACAUCUCGCGUCUCUCGUUUCGUUCUACGGUCCUCGUCCUCUCACAAUCCCAGCUGUCUGUCCCCCCCCUCCUCCUCCUCCGCAUGCCCGAUCACAAUUCCAUUAUUUUGCGUUUCUGGCCCCUUACACCGGGAACAAGCUGCCCCCUACAUUUCAAACAGUCCUCGCUGUCCACGUCUCGUUCUUCCCUUAAAACUUGCUAAUUUGUCCUUGCUUAUUCCCAACUCCAACCCUUCCUCUUCCCCAUCAUUAACACCAUCCCUCUUCCCAACCUCCCUGCCCAUUCAGCACACUCAUCGUUCACCACUCACUUUCAUCGUUUAUUUCACGCAGCAUCAUAUUCAUGUACAGGACCACCAUUCUCAUCAAUUUCAUGACAAUUCUGCUGUACAAUUUUCUUAAUUCUUUGUUCAGCACCUUGGUGAAGGCGAUAUAAAAAAGAAGAGAUUGUCCCGACGUGUCUUCAAAUAACGUAAUGUAAUGCAGAGUUGCGGAAUUCCCCUGGAUAUUACUCGCACGAUUUUGCAGUUUUUUUUUUCCCCAACAGCAUUUUUUUAUCAUCAAAGCACUUAUCAAAUAAAUCACUGUGUUAAGUUCACCUUCACAAACUCUGUCCUGUUUGAAAAGCAUGUCAAGUGUUGUCUGAGGUGAAAUUUGUGACAUGGGCUAUGGCGAAUCGUGUUUUAAUAAAGAAGCCGCUUGAAUUUCAGAGCCGUUGGAUGGCUUGAGGUUGGGAGCACACUGUUAGUGCUCGUUUAAAUUGCUUUCACAGUGGCUAUAUUUUCAUAUUGCAUUAGCUCUUGAACACUGCACCCUGCUGUAUAUUUGUAUAUUUAUGGAAUACCCACCUAUUGAGGGAUGCAGUUUGACUUAAAUUUGCUGGUAAAUUUAUAUUUUUUGACAAUGUUUAGAUUUUAGAAUAUUCGGGUAUGUGAACAUGUUACACGAGGGUAAUUGAACGUCUCAUUCUGAUACUUGUUAACCCAGUCAUCUCUGAAUAGACAGUAUAAUUUUUUUUUACAAUUGAGAGUUGAUUUGUAAAAAAAAAAUCAAGGUAUUGUGAUGGCCAACAUUAAACAUCAUUUACCUUCGGCAAAUUACUAACUUGCAUAGGUUCCCAUGGGUUACACGGGAUAGAAACGAGCAAAUAUGGGACUUUGAAGCUGUAUAGUUAUUUUAAUUUGAUACAUUUACAAAAUGAAUUAGGCCAUUUCCCACUCUUAAAAUAUCCACUAAGAUAUAAAAUUGGUAUGGAUAUCCUGGGUAGAAGCAAUAUGGACCAUUCAUAUAUCAUGCCUGGUGAAAAAUUGGUAGAACCCAUAAUUAUUUCACUAUUUAUGAUUUAAAAAAAUAGAAAUAAGAGCUUUUGUUCAAGCUUUUGUCAAAUUGUUGAAUCCUUCGAGAUCGUCAUUGCAUAAUCCAAUAUACAGUCUCGUAAACCUAUUAAGUCACUCGUCGGUGAACGGUUUAUUGUGUGUCCAUGUUAUGAACGUUGUGAAUGCUGCUUUGAGUGGGUAAGUGCCGCUGUGGGAGCGUGCCUGCCGUUAAUGUUUUACCAUUGCCUUUGUUAGUACUGUGGCAUUGUGAGAAUUUAGCAAUUUCUCUAUAAUCUAUUUACAAAUUAUUAUAUUUGUAUAUAAAUUGUUGUAAAAUAAAUUCAAAACAAAACAGUGUUGUUUAAUCCUUCCAUGAAAAAGGAGUUGCAUUGAAGAGGUGUAUAUGAUGAGGGAUUCGCGUGUUAACCAAAAUGUAAAGUACAAAUAUUUGUGGCAAAAUAACGUUGUCUUGUAUACAGCUCGCUUUUAGAACAUUUACAAAUACUUUAAACACACACACACAUGGGCUAUGACGAAGAGCCUGACACAUUGCUUAAUUUCCAUUUUUUCCAAGGCAGUGUUAUCGAUGAAUGUGAUGUGGCUUUUAAUGUUUGCUUGUGCAAAACCCGCUCCUACAGGACAUCUGUGAAAAAGACCUGCGAAGUUGUCUGAUUCCUCCCGUCUGAAUACAGAUUUUUGAUUCUGAGAGCAGCUUCACCAAAUAAUUCGUUCCAAAUUUGUAGAUUUUAACACGUCAAGUGAAUAUGGCAAAUAGAUGCUUUGAGAUGUGCCAAAAUUGAGGGGCUUUGCAGGCCAAGUAGCAUUGGGCAAGCUGGUAAAAUUGGGUGGUUACAUUUUAACCCCCAUAUAGCUGUAGGUAUGCAAACUGGGUUAUGACUGCAUGGGACAUUUACAGUAAUGUAGGUAGACCUGAGGUAUGGGGUCGGUUAAAUGCAGGUGUUUUUUUUGUAAAGCACAGGGCAUUUAAAUUCUUAUACUGGUAGGAACCUCCUGGUUACACCAUUGCCCA